AUGUGGGAAAUUAUCCGGGAAAAUCCAGGGAAUUUAUACAGGAAUUUAUACAGGAAACCGGAAACAGGAACCAGCUGGAGCCGUGAGGGAGCCAGCCCGGCCCACUGCGAUGAGCAGCUGCCGGAGCUGAACGUGCAUUUCCGCUCCCAGAGCUUCCUCACCUCCAUGUACGCCUCCUCCUGGUUCCUCACCCUCUUCCUCACCACCUUCCCCCUGCCCGUGGCCACGCGCGUCUUCGACAUCUUCAUGUACGAGGGUCUGGAGAUCGUGUUCCGCGUGGGGAUGGCCCUGCUGCAGUUCAACCAGGCCGAGCUGGUGCAGCUGGACAUGGAGGGCAUGUCCCAGUAUUUCCAGAAGGUGAUCCCUCACCAGUUCGACUCGUGCCCGGACAAGCUGAUCCUGCGCGCCUGCCAGGUCAAAUACAACCCCCGCAAGAUGAAGAGGCUGGAGAAGGAAUACGCCGCCCUCAAGAGCAAAGAGAUGGAGGAGCAGAUCGAGAUCAAGCGGCUCCGCUCUGAGAAUCGCCUGCUCAAGCAGCGCAUCGAGACCCUGGAGAAGGGCCAGGUGACGCGGGCACAGGAGGCCGAGGAGAACGACGUCAUCCGGCGGGAGCUGGCGCUGGUGCGGCAACGCUGCAGCUCAGCCACAGAGAGCCUGAGGCGGGCACAGAGCACCAUCAGGGAGCUGCAGCGCUGCAGCUCAGCCACAGAGAGCCUGAGGCGGGCACAGAGCACCAUCAGGGAGCUGCAGGGUAACCCCCGCCUGAGCGAGGAGUUCGUGGCGCACCUGGAGACGGAGCUGGAGCGGUCGCGGCUGCGCGAGAGCGAAACCCUGGGAGCCCUCAAGGAGAUGCAGGACAAGGUCCUGGACAUGGAGAAGCGGCAGCCGCUGCUCCCGGAUGACUCCAGCGUGGUUCGGCUGCAGGAGGAGCUGCAGGAGCUGGCACUGAGGGACAUCGGGGACAUCGGGGACAUCGGGGACACCUGGCAGGUGUGCGGGGGCCGCUGGAAGGAGCCGCGGGCGCUGCACGAGGCCGUGCUGGGGGUGCAGCUCCGCGAGAGCCAGGCCCAGGCGGAGCUGAGGGCGCUGAGACAGAGAGUGCUGCACCUGGAGACACAGGGGCGCAUCCAGCGGUCGGUGCUGGGCCGGGCCGAGCAGGCCUGCGCUGGCCUAAGGGAGCAGCUCCGCGCCGCGGCCGCCCAGAGCCAGGGGCUGCAGGCCCAGCUCAGCGAGAGCCACCGGAAACACGCGGAGGCUCAGUGCAAGAGCAAGGAGGAGGUGAUGGCCGUGCGGCUGCGCGAGGCCGACAGCAUGGCCGCCCUGGCCGAGAUGAGGCAGCGUGUGGCCGAGCUGGAGAUCCAGCGGGAGGAGGGGCGGCUGCAGGGCCAGCUGGAGCACUCGGACGCGGCGCAGUACAUCCGGCACCUGCAGGGCCACAUCCGGCAGCUCAAGGCCGAGAUCCGGCUGCUGCGGGGGCCGCUGUCCUUUGGCGCGGUGGCCCUGGGGACGCGCCUGGGGGACGAGGACUCGCUGGGCUCCUCGGACGAGGAGCUGCCCCCGCCGCCCUUCGCGCUGACCCCGGGGGACAUCGGGGACACCGGGGACACCGGGGACAGCAGCGACAGCGAGCCCGAGGUGGCACCCACAGCACCAUGA